AGUUGAGAGAGAGGAGAGGCACAGAGGGAUUGGUCUGUGAGCCCAGCUCAACGACAGAGUGAGAGGUUGAAAAGAGUGUGGAGAGAAAAAUAGUCAAGUUCCUUAUUCUCUGUCGGGUGUGGAGAAACGAGACAAGGAAGGAGUGAUAGAAGAGAAGAAAAGGAGUAGAUAGAUCCACUACAUCAAAGAACAAGCUAUCCAGUGGACGUUGGUGGCUUUGCUGUCACAGGAAAGGGAGGAGGGGAGGAGAAAACAAGGGAACAUGCUGGUCACGGAGGGACGGAGGAGUGUGUGUGCGAGUGUGUAUCCUGGCGUCUGUGUUUGAGGAAGAGAAUUCCGGCGAUUCAGUGCCAUGCUAUGGACUAGGAGCCAGCUGGAGUCUUGCUGAAGACAUGGCCAAGGCUAAAGGGCGGAGAGAUGGCGUCCUGUCAUCCAAUGAGAACACUCGGUCGCUGUCGUCGGGCGAGGUUGAGGGCGUGGCGUGGCAGGGCCCUUGUACGGUGCUCCUGCAGAAGAACUCCCAGGGCUUCGGCUUCACGCUACGCCACUUCAUUGUGUACCCGCCAGAGUCCUCCCUCCACAACAACCUCAAGGAUGAGGAGAAUGGAAACGGCAAUGGAAAAGGUUGUCAAAGGGGUCGUCUGGAGCCCAUGGACACCAUCUUUGUAAAGAGUGUGAGGGAGAAAAGCCCUGCCCACCAAGCUGGCCUGUGUACAGGGGACAGACUGGUAAAGGUGAAUGGGGAGAGUGUAUUGGGGAAGACCUACUCUCAGGUGAUCGCAUUGAUCCAAAACAGCGAGAAUGUUCUGGAGCUCUGCAUCAUGCCAAAAGAUGAGGAUGUGUUGCAGUUGGUAAGUGCGUACUCUCAGGAUGCCUACCUGAGAGGAAAUGAGCCAUAUACGGGAGGGGCGCAGCAUAUCCCCGACCCUCCCCCCCUCUGCUACCCCCGUGCCAAGCCCGCUUCCACAGCUCCUCUGCCACCCAACCACCAAAGCCCCCUGGACAACUGGCACUGCCGCCCCAGCCCUGUUAGCCUAGCCUCCCCCUUGGACAACCGCUCUGCCGCGGCUAACGUAACUCAGACCUCCGGCAGGCCCAGGGGUCCGGGAGAAAACGAGGAGGAUGGCUGCGGCCAUUUUGGCUCCUCUGCAGGACAAGAGGGAGAUUGGCAGCCAUCUUUGGGGCAGAACCGCGGGCGCUCGUCGUCGGCCGUCAGCGCACUGGACUUCCACUUUGCCAACCACAACGCCGCCAUUGCCUCUGCGACCCUGCCCCACAUGCCUGCCCGGAAGGGAAGUUUACCAGCUACGCGUGCCCACAGCGACGCCAUGUGCCACCAGGCGCUGUCGGACUGGUACUACAGCCAGGCAGAGGCGGCCGAGCGCAUGUCCCCUCGACACCGGAGCAUAUCCCAGGAUCGGUUAGCCGAGCUGGGGUUGGGCUUAGCGCUGGGGCCUGGUGGCGCUGGAGGUCCUGGGUCUACCUCUAUGUCCUCCAUGGCUCACAGAGACCGCGGCGUUUCCCAAGAAACUCUGCUACUCCACCACCAGGCAGCAGCCGCCUCCCACGAUUCCUAUUGGCUGGGAGUGUCUGGGCCAGGGAGCCGUUCGUGCUCGGAAAGCCUGCUGGCGGCGUACGCGUCGUACGAACGUAGCUACGGGCGCUCGCAGGAGACGCUAGCCCAAGCGGCUGCGCUGGUGUCGCCGUACCACGAGAGAGCCCCCGCCUGGCCAUCGCAGGGUGCCAAGGAGCAGGACAAGGACUUGGGAAACCACCACACGGUUACACCCACAACCGCAGCCACACUGGCCACAGCCCCCUCCAUUGGUCGGCAGACCCAGCAGCAGCAUGUGGCUGAGCCCCAGACCCAGAGCAGGAGGUUGGAGGAAGAGGAGCUGGUGGGCUACAAGAGUUACAGCCCCUCCUUCUGCCGCAAGGCCAGCCACCUCCUCCAACAGGCCCACUCCUUCAGAGAACCCACCUACAUUGGACCCCACCUCAACUGGGUACCCAGUGCCAAAACUAGCCUCUCGGACUGCGAGGGAGGCGGGAUAGGAGGGGGGAUGGUAGUUCCUCGUCCUUCCUCCACCCCGGCCAUCAUCCCUUCUUCGUCAGAGGAUGAGAGAGUGAGGCUGGGGGAGGAGACGUUGUCCCCACUCCCUCUGGGCCAGGAGGUGGUGCUGAGGCAGAAGCCCCCUACGGGGCGUCGGAUCCCCAUGCACGCCCUCCUUCACCCCCACUACGCCCUCCCCGUGGAUUCGGCCGAGCCCCCCGUCGGGCUGCUGCCCUCCCCCAGCACCCCCACUGCAGGGACACCCUCGCCCGUCUGUGGUGGUCCCAGAAUGGGGGACAGUCUACAGAGGCCCAACGGUAGCCUGCAACCCCACCACAGCACACCCGACUCCCUGGCCUCUAUUCCCUUUAUAGAUGACCCCAUCAGCCCUAGCGCUGACCUACGUGCCCGCCACGUACCCGCCUGCUCCGUGGUGUCCUCCUCCAGUGCCCUGUGCCCUCUUGUGCCCUCUUUGCCCUGUGCCCUCACCUCUAGUACCACUACUGUCUCCCCUGUCACCCUCUCCUCCUCCACCUCCCCCCUCGUCAAGCUCCGCUCCCAGGACUGCAGCAGUAUCAAAAGCCGCCGUUCCUCCUACCUGCUGGCCAUUACCACAGAGCGCUCCAAGUCAUGUGACGAGGGCCUCAACACCUUCCGGGAGGAAGGCCGUGUCUUCUCGAGACUACCAAAAAGGGUGAAGAGCUUUUUCACUGAUGGAUCUCUGGAGAGUCUGCGUGCUGCAGAGGAGGCGCGGUCGAAACGUCACUCCACCUCCGAGCUGGGGACCAUCACCUUCAGUGACGUACGCAAGGACGGCUGGCUUCACUACAAACAGAUCCUCACGGAGAAGGGCAAAAAGGUGGGCGGCGGCAUGCGUCCAUGGAAGCGCGUCUUCUCCGUGCUGCGCUCCUACCGCCUCUUGCUCUACAAAGACAAGCGGGAGGCGGUCCUCCAUGGGGCAGGGGCGGGACCUGGCCACGGGGAGGAUGAGCACCCUCCAAUCAGCAUCCGCGGCUGCUUGAUUGACAUCGCCUAUAGCGAAACCAAGCGUAAGCACGCUCUGAGGCUGACCACUCAGGACUUCUGUGAGUACCUGUUGCAGGCUGAGGACAGAGAAGACAUGCUGGGAUGGAUCCGGGUCAUCAGAGAGAACAGCAAGACAGACAACGAGGAGCUGGGUUUUUCCAGACAAGCACUCAUCAACAAGAAGCUCAAUGACUACAGGAAACAAAGUCCAACAGGCAAUAAGCCAGACACCUCUCCCAGGGCCCAUCGCAUGAUGCCCCCCUUCCUCCUGGCCAAGACAGACAACGCUUUCAUGAACCGCUCCUCCAGCAAAGACGAGAGCAAGGGUCCAUGGGGUAUCAUAAUGAAGAAAGCCAAGAAGACAGGCCCCAAGGUGUUUGGAGUGCGACUUGAGGACUGUCAACCUGCUGUUAACAACAAGUUUGUCCCUCUGAUCGUGGAGCUGUGCUGUGGGCUGGUGGAGAGCAUGGGUCUGGAGUACACUGGCGUCUACAGGGUGCCCGGCAACAAUGCCAUGGUGUCCAACCUGCAGGAGCAGCUCAACAAGGGCCUGGAGAUCAACAUUACUGAGGAGAGAUGGCAGGACCUGAAUGUGAUCAGCAGUCUCCUCAAGUCCUUCUUUAGGAAACUCCCAGAACCCCUGUUCACUGAUGACAAGUAUAAUGACUUCAUUGAUGCCAACCGGCUGGAGGACUCAGGGAACAGGUUGAAGAGCAUGAAGAAACUGAUCCAUGAUCUUCCAGACUACUAUCACCACACUCUAAGGUUCCUGGUCUGUCAUCUGAAGACAGUGGCGGAUCACGCCGACAAGAACAAGAUGGAGCCCAGGAACCUGGCUCUAGUGUUUGGUCCCACUCUGGUGCGUACCUCGGAGGACAAUAUGACCGACAUGGUCACCCACAUGCCCGACCGCUACAAGAUCAUCGAGACGCUCAUCCUGCACCAUGACUGGUUCUUCAGUGAUGGAGAGGUGGAUAAGGAUGAAAAGGCCCCAGUGGAUAUUAAAAGGGAUAUGCAACCGGUCCCCAACAUCGAUCACCUGCUCUCCAACAUCGGGAGAACAGGGCUGCCUGGAGGUGAGGCUUCAGAUUCCACCACCAGCGAUUCACCUAAGGAUAAGUGCACAUUGGCUUCCAAGAAGGACCUGAGUGCCAGGGACUUCCUCCCAUUGUCAAUCAUCUCCGCCGUCACCCGGAAACGCAAGAUACGCCCCAUCUCCCGCCCCCUGAGCAGCAGCACCGACGAAGACUCUGAGCAUGAGCCAAUCAAAGCCAGCAACUAUGGGGAAGGGGGAGGGGCCAAGGAAGAAGAGGAGGAGGGGGUUGGAGAAGGAUGCGCCCCUAAUGGAACUGAGAAAGUGGAGAAAAAAGGAGAAGAGGAGUGUAGGAAGAGGAUAGAGGUAAAACAGCAGUCUGACAGAGGAAGAGAGGAGGGAGAAGGGAAGAAAGAAGGGAGUGCAUGGGCGAAAGAUAAAGAAGGGGUGGCAUUCCCCAAACCUCAUCCUAACAGCUUCCUCUACACACACUACCAACCCCCCACCACCACCAGCCCUAGCCCCCCAGGAAAGCCCUCAGUCUCCCCACAUUCGAAGCGCCCCAGCCUGGCCCGAGGACGCGCCGCUGUCCCCUCCUGGCUCUCCCCCUCCAGACUGCCCGGCCCUAGCCAACCUUAUAACACCCAGAAAACACAACAGCCCCAGUUGGAAAAGCAGCCACUGCCAGUGCAGUAUAGGAAGACAAGGGGAGGAAGGGCAAGGCCUCAGUCAAUGAAUUUGGAUAUGGUGCUGGGUAAGGGGGAGGGCGAGGGUGGAGUUGGGAGACGGGGAGAUAGGGUGAAGGUGGUAAGAGCCACAACAGAAGUGCAACGUCACCGCAGCAGUUCAGUUGGUGUUCCUCAGGGGUGCAUUGUCACAUCCCUCAAAGUUCAAGGCAGUUCACGCCUAGCCUCAGCCCCAGCUCCAGUCUCUUCUCUCUCUCCCCCUCUCCCUUCCUCCCCCUUUUCCCCUGCAUGGACAGAUCAGAGCUCCCUUGGUUCUGCUGUUGUCAUGCGGAGGUCGGCCCUGGAGCCUCGGGACAAGCGGAAAGCCUUGCGCCGCCACACGGUUGUGGUCUAACCUCGCUAAGGAAACCUCAUAGUGUUCAGUUAGUGAUUCAUUGUAGACACCCACUCGAAAGUACUGCCCUUUACACACAUAUUACACAAACACACUCUCCAUUGCGAGUAUCGACAGGUUCAAAGCGUAAUGCCAAACAUAAGCAGUCUCAAGGGUCAUAGUCUAAGGCCAGGAUUCAAUCCGAUUGCGGGUUAUAGGCAUUGAAGCUUUUAAAGGCAAUUUUCAAUUGACCUGACAUAUGCAGCGUUUACUGUGAAUGGGAUCUCCAAGAACGCAGGAACAUUGCCUUUGAAAGCCGCAAUGCCUAUACCCUGCAAUCGUUUUGUAUCCCGGCAUAAGACUCCGCUGUCGACUCCGCCCCAACAGCACCUUGAUCUUCAUAUUUUUCAUACUAUUAUGCUGUCCCAGCUGUACAAGUUUGGUUCUCUUUCCAAUUUUAUGGUUCGGGAUGGCCCAAUAGUUCGAAAAUGUUAUUUAAGGACCAGUAUAGGCGAUGUGUUAGCCUCUUGUUAGCUUGUUAGCAUCUUCUCCAUAGGCUAGUACUGCCCUCCCUGCCCUUUACUAAGCUCUUCCAAAGCCCCACUGUGGAUCAACAGGGAACUACAUGGAUCCUUCAGGGCAAAAUACAUGCAUUGGACUAAGUUUCACUUCUCUGGAACUCUAAACCCAUGUGGGCCACGGUGCCAAACCUUCCUUGGACAAUUGAAUAUGAUAACGCAUGUUCCAUAUAUGGGGGAUUUUACAUAUCAGACACAUAUGCAAAGCCUACGUGUUUUAACACAAGCCUAUUGUAUCUGCCUGUGCAUGUGGAGGACCCAGACCUCUCUUCAGUCCUCCAUUGCAGGAAAAAGGCGUCUGUGGCAGCUAUUUGAAGUCAUGCCAAACUCAUUUUGACGAUUGGGGCCAUUCAAUCAUAUCGAUACUGGGAAGCCAAGAAAGGCAGGAUAAAAAGAGUCGAGAAGCACUUACACACAGAUAAUCACACAUGCCAAGAGUUGCUCCGGUUGUUAUCAGUAUUACAGAGACAGCAUUGUCAUUUUGAGCAGUUGAUGAAGUGGUGGUUUGGAGAUACCUCGGUCCUCCUCCGAAAAAUGUCUCCCAUGAUCUAAAAAACACUGGAGUCUUAACUGUUUUAAGGUUUUCUUUUUGCAUUUUGAUAUUUUUCCUGUUUCUUCUUUCCUGUACUUAUCAUUAUGAACCAUAGUUAUAAGCCAGUUUUUGAAAACCAACGUGGAGAUGAAAAUUAACCAAACUGCUCUGCCAACCAAUGUACUCCUAGCUACCCACUCCAUGGUCUCUUCCAUAGUUAUAUGACUCAAUCUGUCCCUGUCUGUCUGUGUGUGCCCAUGUGCAUGUACUGUAUGUAUGUGGGUGAUUGUGCGUGGACCAAUUUUGUAACAGUUGUACAAAGCGUUGUUAAGUUAACCUGUGUAUAUAUUAUACAUAAUAUAUUAAAUUAUUUGUUUUGAAAUUUG